CAAAUAACUUAUCUUAAAAAAAUUGUAAUUUUAUUUUAACUAUUUCUUUGAUAUGUAAUUUCUGUAUAAUUAGUUAUUUUGUGUUAAUAAACAAAUUAUUCCUUCAAUAUCAUCACACAAUGCUUGAUUAACUCAAAUAUAAUUAUUGAAAUGUGCACUCAUGAGUUAAAUGCAUUUAUUAGUGUAAUCCCGAUCGAAGUUGGCACUGUCACAACCAACCCUGGACGUUUAUAUUAGGACACGAAGGUUAUAUAGCUGUUGCAAUUAUUUCUCGUGUAAUUCUUAAUUACGGUAUGGAGAACUAUAUAAGAUGUUUCGACGAUGUUUCCAAAGCUGCUUACGAUGACGAAGAUAUUGUGACAAACACAUCAUCGGAACAGGUACAUGUUGAAAAUGUAAUCCUGAGGAUCUAUAAGCAGUUUGAGGAAAAGGCAUCUGUUGAUCCUGAUCUCCCAAAACUUAAGAAAAAUUCUCAUGCAAAUUAUCUUAAAAAUGUCUUGAUGCAAUUACCACAGUCCUAUUCCUGUUUAGAUGCUAGCCGACCAUGGCUUAUAUAUUGGAUAUUGCAUGGUCUUUGGUGCUUAAAAGACCUGCCAGACGCAUCAACCUUAUCAAAAGUAGUAAAUUUUUUGGCUAAAUGCCAAAACAAGGAUGGUGGAUAUGGAGGUGGGCCAGGUCAAUUCUCACACCUCGGGGCUACUUAUGCAGCAGUAAAUGCUCUUAGUAUAAUCGGUACAGAUGAAGCAUAUAAUUCAAUUGACCGGAGUGCCUUGCAAAAUUUUAUAUGGUCGGUCAGAGAGGUUGAUGGUUCAUUUGCACUUCACAGAGGUGGAGAACAGGAUAUUAGAGGUGCAUACUGCGCCAUUAGCGUCGCCAAAGUAACCAAUAUUUAUACUGACAUGUUAUUUGAUAAGACGGCAGAAUGGAUUGUUAGUUGUCAGAGUUAUGAAGGAGGAUUCGCCGGGUAUCCGGGGAUGGAGGCGCAUGGGGGAUAUGCAUACUGUGGUAUUGCUUCAUUGGCUUUAUUAAAUCGAACUCAGCUCUGUGAUGUAGAUGCACUUCUGAGGUGGUGUGCAAACAAACAGACGAGCUUGGAGGGUGGUUUCCAGGGUAGGACCAAUAAACUUGUUGAUGCCUGCUACUCCUUCUGGCAAGGUGCUAUUUUUCCUAUCAUAAGUGCAAUACUAUCCCAAGAUAACAAGGAAAUGAUAGAAACAGUACUAUUCAAUCAGGGUGCCUUACAAGAAUAUAUCUUAGUUUGCUGUCAAGCUUCCGAGGGAGGACUUAUAGACAAGCCAGGAAAGUCUCGUGAUAUAUAUCAUACUUGCUAUACCCUUAGUGGUUUGUCAAUCGCCCAGCAUGGAACCGGUGCUACCAAUCCUUACACCGUGGGAUCGCCUCACAAUGAACUGAACAGGACCCAUCCGCUGCAUAACAUCGGUCCACAUCUUGCAUAUAACGCUCUGCACUACUUUAUUCGACACCCUCCGCCAGUGAAAGAUAAGAAUUAGACAAAAUUUUAUAACGCAAACGCUUUUUUUAUUAUUUUCUGUGUCAAUAAAACGAAAUCAAAUGCCAAUCAACCUGGUUUAUUGGAUAUUCAACAUUAUAGAUGUAUCUUAUAAAACGAAAUGAUAUAUCCGCUUAGUGCAUAAAUAAUAUAUAAUAACUUAUAAUUUUAAUUUUCUAUCCACAUAUCAGUCCAUAAAAUUAUUUUAUAACAGAAUGUAUUCUGUGUUAUUUAUCUGACUAGAUACAUAAUAAUAUAUAUUACUGGCGAUCGUCUGAGAACAAAGGUUUGUUAAUCAUGUUAGAGCUGUAUAGAAAUGGGUUGACAAUAUAUUUAUAAUUAAAUGAAACUAUUUCUAAUAUACUAGUAAGUACAAAAUGCAAAUUUUUACAAGUCUUUCUAUACAAAAAAAUAAUAAAAUAAAUAACAGGUUUUUCUGUGAAUGCGUUGUAACUUAUAAUAUGUAUGGAGAGUUUUUUCAACUUCUAAGGAAUGCAAAUCAAAUUAUCCUGAGUGUUUUUGAUUUGACAUAACCGAAAAUAAUAUACAAUAAAUUAAACAUUGUACCCUGACCAAGCAGAUGUGUCGACGGCAACUGGUUAAAUGUUUGUCAUUGACGUUGUCGCUUAGUCCUUUUUACGGAUGCUAUUCCAGUUAGUUAUUUAACAUGUUGCUGUCAACUACAGUCUUCCACUAAUAUAAACCUCUGUUUGCCUUAAAUAUUGUAAACCUCUGUACGUUUUGGUAUGAUUUAUCACAAUUAAUUUAAUUCAUCCCAUUAUAUCUCCACUUAUAUGCCUAUUAAACUUUGUGACAAUCAAUAAAACGGUCAUUAGUGAUGUAACAA